AUGGCAGCCACACAGCUUCAAGAGGAACCAGAGCAGGAACUCACAAUAUCCGCAGAGCAGCUGCACUACAUCCAGGCCCUCAACGAGUCUCCAGGAUGCUACGCCCGAUUCUUCGAUGCACUGCUGAUCAAAAAGUCCUCCCAGGCAGACUUCUUCCACGACCUGAAAGUCUUCCGAGAACAAGCCGUGGCCAUCAAUCUCCUCGAGCCGGGCACCAAGGAGAAAUUUCGAAAAUGCACUGUGGUCUUCCUGGGCUCUCGGUUCGCGCACCCGUGGUGUCGCAGCUCGGCCGCCCACGCGUCUCGAUGGACCAAGGCGAGCUGGGCCGGGAAGACGAAAAAGCUCACCGUCGAGGCCCAGAAGGAAGAGGACAAGCUGCACCGCCUCCUCGUCCCCCUGUGGAUUGCCUUUCGCAGACGCAUGUUCCCUGAACAAGACGUCCUACAGAAGUGGGUGGACGAGGAGCCGGAACGGCAGGCGGCGGCGGCCGCUGCCAAGGCUGAGCUCGAGGCGAAGCAGGAAGCUCAGCGGUCAACAAAGCCUGCGAGGCCACACCUAGAUGCUGCUGCACCAACCGUCUAUCCUGAACUCGGCUUUGCGACGGUGGCGACGCCCUUGGACGCGUCGAACUGCAAUCCUACACCCAGCAGCGCUCAGAGUACUGCUGUCGCACAGGUUUUCCUCGGUGUUGCUGUGACUGGUUUCAUCAUGAGUGACAAACGGGUGAAGAAGUACGUCGAGAAGAAAUUGAAGAAAGAUAAAUGA